GUCGGUGGGACGGGAGGCGGGAGGUGGGAACGGGUCCCACCCUGGCCGCGGGACGGCCGGCAUGUCGGGGGCUGGCCGCUGGGCCUCUCUACUCCUAUGCCUGCUUCAGUCCGCUCCAGCCAGCACCUGCUCUUCAGCUCAGACCGGCCCAUGUCAAGACCCGCCAGGAGCUCCAGGCCUCAUGAUCUCUUUCUCCCCCAGGGAGGCUCCACCUGGCCCCUCCCCAGAACGUGACGCUGCUCUCCAGGGACUUCGCUCAGCAACCCCUAAACGGUGGCAAAGAGUGAAAAUGUGUGCAAGAACCAAAGAGCUGGUGUGUUCUCUGAUGUGCCUGGAGAAACAAGACCUGUGCAACAAGUUCAAGGGGCGCGUGCAAGCAGUUUCUCCCAGCGCCAGGUCCCCCUGGGUGGAGUCCAAGUCCAUGGAUUACCUUUUUGAAGUGGAGCCGGCCCCACCAGUUCUGGUAUUCAACCGGACAGAGGAGAUCCUCAGCGUCAAUGCCACAUACCAGCUACCCCACUGUGUGCCCCAGCCCGAUCUGAACUAUGAGGUGGAUUUCUGGAAGGAGGGGACCAGGAACAAGACCCGAUUUCCAGCCACUCCCCAUGGCCAGCCAGUCCAGAUUCCCCUCCAGCCAGCCACCCACGGACCCCACUGUCUCAGCGGCAGAACCAUCUACACCUUCGGUGACCCUAAAUACAGCAAGUUCUCCAAGCCUACCUGCUUCUUCCUGGAGGGCCCAGGCCCCAACUGGGCAUUCCUGGUUCUCCUACCAUUUCUGCUGCCGCUGCUGUUGGUCAUUGCCGCAGGGCAUGUGAUCUGGAAGAGCGUCACAGGAAACUACUGGUUUCAGCAGGCAAAGAUGCCACAGGCCCUGGACUUCCCAGGACACAGACCCCCUGGGGCAACCUUUCGGUCCAGUGGCCCAGAGUGCCUGGAUGACUUGAGCCUCUGUCCCCAGAAGGAACUGGCUAUAAGGGUCAGGCUGAUGCCUAGAGUCAGGGCCCCAGCCACCAUCCAGGCAAGAUCAGAGAAGAACAGGGCUGAGGAGGAGAAGAAUGAGGAGGGGGACACAGACGAGGACACAGACGACCAUGUCAUCUUCCAGCCCUACAUGGAGCCACCCCCCCUCCUGGGGCUGGAGCACCAGACCCCGUGCCAUGCUGAGGCAGGAGGGCCCCAGUCACCUCUGGUCCAGGUCGAAGGCUCCUCUGUUUGCAAUUCUUCAGACAGAAGCUGGGCCAGCACUGCGGGCUCCUCCCCCUGGGAUGAGGCUGAGUCCUCGGGCUAUUUGGCCAAGAAGGGGCCAGGCCGAGGGCCAGAUGGGGAGGAGUGCCAGAAGCCUCUGCCACCACCGGAAUUCUCCGAGGACUUGAGUUCCCUGGAAGAGCCCCCCAAAGACAACCUCUCCUGGGCCAGCUGGGGCUUCUCAUCACCACGGCUGAACCUGGUCCCCAGGGAGCCCCCAGUUUCUCUGCGGACACUGACCCUCUGCUGGGACAGCAGCCCUGAGGAGGACGAGGAGGAGGAGGAAGAAGAGGGUGGGAGCGAAUCGGAAAGCGAGGACAGCGGUGCUGGCACCUGGGAGACUAAGAGCCUCGAGAGCACCGAGGUCAGAGGUAGGACACUGGGGCAUUACCUGGCCAGGUGAGCCAUCCCCUGGCUUCCAGUCAAGUCUGGUGUUACCACGUUUCCUGGGGACCUAACUCACCACAAAGACUUGAAAUCCCUGGAGCAUCAUCGCCGGGGUGACAGAGGGUUCUUGCAGCACUUCGGGGAGCCCCAGCUGGAGGCUGUCUGCCAGGCUGAGCCAUCAGAAGCCACCUGUCCUAUGACCUGCCAGCUUUGGGCUGAGCACCAGGAGGGGUAGAGACGCGGAUGGGCUGGGGUCAGAUCACCCCACUGUCCCCGGGGUGACAGGCCGGCGGGAAGAGUCAUCCCUGGAUGACACUGCACAGGUGAGGUCAGAUCACAGUGGACAUGGACGGCUGAUGGCACAAGGGCCAUGUGGAUAUGGGAAGGGAGGAAAUUUGGAGGCACAGCUGGUGUAGCAGAGACUCACUCCUCCCUCCUGCGCCUGCAUGGUUCCCUCCUCUCCGAGGCUCCCGUGUCCUGAUUUAGGAGUCCCUAGGGUGGGUCAGUGAAAAAAAAGUCCAGGCUGAGGGUGUCAGGGAGGAAGGGGAAGGGCGUGGUCAUGCAGAUCCCCGUCUCUGAGUGACGGAUCCCAGUUCUUCACAACACACAGAGCUGGGUCCCGAUCCAGCUCUGCUCUUUACCGGCUGUGUGGCCUUGGAGGAAACACCUUCCUUCUCUGUGCCUGAGUUUCCUCUCUGCAGCCACCUGGGGCGUGGCCAGGGUUCCGAGAGACGUGAGUGUGAUGCGCUGCCUGCCAUGCCUUUGGCACUGGCCACAUGGUGGCUGGGAGGCUCCCCCCUUCACCCAGGCUCUGAGGGGACUACCUGUGACCCUAAGCUCAGAGUGUCUAGAAGCAUCCAUCUGUCAGCUCCCCACCGCCAGUCUACCUCCUGCCUCCCGCCCUCACUGUCCCCGCCUCCUGGUCAGGAAACUGAGCUCUCAGAAGCAGGAGCCCAGCCAAGGGGGACCCUGGUCUCUCUCUCCCUGUUCCCAGCCAAGAACGAACCAAAUAGUCCAUUUUCCAGGGAGUCUGAUGAUUGGUGGUGGGGUAGCAACCCAGCAGGGCGUUGGACCCCCCGGCCUGCAAUCCCCAUCUCAGCACUUUAGACCCUUUGGUUGACCAUUGCGUUCAUAAAGAGGCCUAUCUCCCCUUCUGGUUUUGAGAAACCACUGCCUUCUAGGAACAGGUGACUCUUCUUCCCUGGAGGUAGUGAUGGAUGUUCUCCAACAGCUCCCUUGUUCACCGACAGGCACCAGUAUAUGGAUGAGCAUAGCUGGGUCUCCGCCCAUUAGGCCAAGCUUCUUGUCAGUUUUGUGGUCCAGCAGGGAUGCGACUAAUCCUUGGCUCUGUGCCCUGGGGUCUGCCAUGGCACCUGCCAGGAGCUAGGUGUCUCUGUGGAUGUAAAAAGCAUCUGCAUAGCCGUUUUAUCCACAGGGCUAUAUUGUUUGGAAGCCAACAUGAGGGUACUGCCUUAAGUGAGAAUUGUGGAAAAGCUUCCCCAAGGGCAUCUGGUCCAGGGAUUCCCAAGCUGUGUUCUCAAAAGCCUCGGGCUUCAUAGGAGGUGCCUCAAUUUCAGGGAGAGCCAUGGUCUAUAAGAUCCCCCCAAGUUCAACCAGAGUGACCUCCCUGUAAAGCUGAGCUUAGGAGUUUCCACUGAUAAAGAAAAGGUCAGCAACACCAUCCCCCUGCUUUUUUUUUUUUUUUUUUCCUUUUUUGGCUGCCACACAGCAUAUGGAGUUCCCGGACCAGGGAUCAGAUCCUAUACUGCAGCUGUGGCAAUGCUGGAUCCUCUAACCCACUCUGCCAGGCCAGGGAUCAAACCUGCAUCCUUGGUUCUGCAGACACCACUGAUCCCCUUGCACCACAGAGGAAACUCCAGCAAAUCCGUUUUUAACUUGAACACCUAUCUUUUGUUUCCAAAGAAGAAGCUGAAAUGACUUGUGUAUGUACCUAAGGGUGAGAUCUUUGGUCCUAGGUCCACUGGGCCAACCCCUCUCCCCUCGGUCAUAUCAACACAGUGCCAAGGUCUCAGCAAUGGUGUCCAAAGGGCAUUAAGCUGGCAGGAAGCCUGCGCCACUGCUGGGACUCACACGCAUACCCAUGCACAAGCCCAGGAGGCACACGUGCAUUUCUGCAGGGGUUUCCCUGCCAUGAGGCUUGUCCACAUCCACCGUUGAGUGCAGAGGAGGAAGAACUCACAGACCCCAGGGAGCUGGGGAAGGCUGUGGCUCGGGGCCAGUUCCCAGGAUGAUAACCAGACCAAGCCCGAUGUCCUUUCUAGAACCAGCUGAACUGCUGUGUGCAGGUAAUUCAAAUACCUCAAAGCCCUCAUGAUUGCCGUCUAGGCCUGUGUGAAGGAAUGACUUUCUUUCUUGUGUUUUUCUUAAGCAGUUUUUCCAAAGCUUCGUUUCUGACGUCGGCUAUUUCUAUUCAAAGUUCCAGCUCCUUUCUCGCCAGGCAGUCAUAAACACAUAAGCUGUGAGAACCACUAGGAAAGAGCAUGCUAAUCAGUCUAUUCAUUUGUCAAGUGUGCUCUGCAUUGAACUGUUUACAGAGGCCUUUCAUGUGCCCAGCAGCCAGGAACUGCAUGGCUCAAGUUCCAGGGCCACCGUGAAGGACAUCAGGUGAAUGGCCGGUGAUGCCCUGGAUGAAAGCCACGUUACCAUGCGUGAGGGUACCGAGAAGAUUAUAUAUUGUUCUUAGAUAUUUGUAUUUAUUUCUAAUUUUAUGUGUAUAUCAUAUUUAAAUAAUUGCCUAUUGCUUGUUGGGACCUACCCUAAAUUUUUAAAUAAAGAGCUCUAUUUUUCAAGAAAAAAAAAAAUGGCAGAAUCCAAUGGAUCCUGUGAAAAAGGAUCUUUUCCAAUCUUAGGUUUCAAAAGCGCCUCACCGCUCAUCUGGCUGUUAAGACUACAAACGUCCUGGAUUGUGUCCCCAGCAGCAGACCCAGAAACAAAGACUGGGGGCAUAAAGCAGGGCAGCCGAGGUAGGAGGUCGAUGGGCCCCUGGGCCGAGAACAGCUGGGACCUGUCAGACGGAGUAAACUGGAGCUCGUUUCUCUUUGACACAUUCAGGGAGAAAGUUGCUGGCAGGAGCUGAGCUCUGCUGGAGGAGAAAGAUAAGAUGACCACUUCAAUCCCUCGUGAGGUCAAGGAGACCUCCCCAGCUACACAUGCGCAGAAAGGCUCCUCAGGGGUCAAAAUGGGAGGGGAUGCCAGACCAUAAUAAGCUUUUGUAACCUCCCAUAAACACACACACCACACACCACCACCACUACCCCCCCCACCCACGUUGGAAUCCAUGGUGGCCGGAGGAUGCACAUGCAUAUGCGGGAGGGCCCAUCAGGUGUGGGAAACAAAACAAAGCAAGAUGAUUGGCCAGAGGAAAAGACAAAGACCCAGAAGAAGAGCCCCUAGAUGAGUGAUUUAUAUCACCCCUUUGACGUGCUCCCCAC